UUCGAAAAUUAAAUGCAAAAUAGUUGGGGCAAAUGUUGCUGCGGCAGUCAAGACUAAGUAAUACAGUAAGAAGAUAUGAAGUUGGAGAGCUUCUCAUGUUCUUCCUUUGCAUAAAGUUUGCAUACGUACAAAACCCAGGACUUUAAUGACUUUAAGAGGGGCAGAAUUACAUCUCUUGGAACAUAAAACAACAGACUCAUGUGAACUGGAAUGCACAUUGUGGCCCUCACAAUUUAUUUAAAUAUUUCUUUGCAAAGCACUCUCUGUUUCUAAAGAAAAGCUAUGCCUUCUGAAACCUGUAAGUGAUGUAUCCUGGCCACAUCAAAUCUUCUAAAAGCAUUUUCCAAAUCCAGAAUUGUUAGUGUGGAACAAAUGUUUGUUUUGGAAACAGUAAAACCGGGGGAUGUGGGAGGGUUGAUGUCAGAGACCAGUUGCUGCUCUGCUUUAUGCCUUAUCGUUCCUUCUCCUUUUCUUUUCAGCUAGGAACUCUUAAGAUACAUAAUUGACUGGUGAUUGAAAAAACUUGUAAAAUGACAUUUGUGUGUAUGAUACAAAAGUUUUAAACAAACACAGCACAAAAAUCAGCCACCCUAAUACGGGAUCAGUUUUCUGGGAAUUAACCCCACCACAUAAACAUCUGCCACAGUAAAGCCACUGCCAGAUCUUAAGGUUGUUGGAAGCCACGCCUUAAUAAAUGGUGAAUGGAGGUGCAGGGUCUGUGAAGAAGAAUUUGUUGCCUGGCUUCGGCAUCAGGCAGACAAAGGGUUAAGUCUUAGAGUUGCCAAUUACAAGCUUGCUGGCUUUCAGCAAAAUACUUGACAGCUCUGGGUCUGUUCCUUCUGCUGUAGAAUGAUAUAUGUCAUGAUGACUGGCAGUGGUCCCACCGCGCUGAAUCAAGGGCUCUGGGUACAUGGUCUAAAUCACGGUUGCAGAGACACUGGGGUGGAAGAUGGCAGGAAUAUCUCCUCAUUGACGUGCCAGAAAGAGAAUUGAGAAUGCAUUUCUAUGUGAUCCAUUUUUGCUUUGCCUUGUGUCUAAUUCUGCCAAUCCCUAAUCUUUAGGACUCACUUCAAAAUCUCUUGAAGCCACCUUUUAGGAGAUGUGGAAAAAGUGUGUGAAGGGAGAGAGCGUCAAGAGCAGAAAGUUUAGGUGAAAGGGAGGUCCUGCGUGUUGCAGGAGUGGAAAUGCAGUUAACGGCUGCGGUAUCAUUUUUGACCAUUCUACAGGAAGAAUCAGUGUCGAUUCAUACAUAUGCGCACUCCUUCCUCCAAGUCAUUCUACUGCAUCUGGAGCACAGGGACGCAGGUGUCAGCAACGCAUGGCUGGAAACUCUUCUGUCUGUGAUAGAAGUAUUGCCCAAAGAAACCCUAAGGCAUGAGAUUUUGAAUCCACUUGUUUCCAAGGCACAACUUUCCCAAACAGUCCAGUCUCGUUUAGUUAGUUGUAAAAUUUUAGGAAAAUUGACCAACAAAUUUGAUGCCCUUGCCAUUAAAAGAGAAAUUCUUCCCUUGGUAAAAUCACUCUGUCAAGAUGUAGAGUACGAAGUUCGAUCUUGUAUGUGUCGGCAAUUAGAAAAUAUAGCUCAGGGCAUUGGGACAGAACUUACAAAAAGUGUGGUGCUCCCUGAAUUAAUAGAACUUUCUAGGGAUGAAGGCAGCAGUGUGCGGCUUGCAGCUUUUGAAACUUUGGUUAAUCUGCUCGACAUAUUUGAUACAGAUGACAGAAGUCAAACUAUACUUCCCUUAGUGAAAUCGUUUUGUGAAAAAUCUUUCAAAGCAGAUGAAUCAAUUCUUAUUUCCUUAUCUUUCCAUUUAGGAAAACUAUGCCAUGGACUGUAUGGAAUAUUUACUCCAGAUCAACACUUGAGAUUUUUGGAGUUUUAUAAGAAACUUUGUACAUUGGGUUUGCAACAGGAAAAUGGACACAAUGAAAACCAGAUUCCACCCCAAAUCUUAGAGCAGGAGAAGAAAUAUAUUUCAGUACGGAAGAACUGUGCUUAUAACUUUCCGGCCAUGAUUGUUUUUGUUGAUCCUAAAAAUUUCCACAUGGAUCUCUAUUCUACAUUCUUCUGCCUUUGUCAUGACCCUGAAGUACCAGUCAGAUACACUAUUGCUAUUUGCUUUCAUGAAGUUUCUAAACUUCUGAAUUCUGGAGUGUAUUUAAUACAUAAAGAACUAAUAACAUUAUUACAAGAUGAAUCAUUGGAGGUACUAGAUGCUCUCAUAGAUCAUCUUCCAGAAAUCCUGGAACUUAUGUCUACUGGUGGAGAAAGCAGUGUUCAAGAAAAUAAGUUAUCAUCUCUCCCUGACUUGAUUCCAGCUCUCACAGCUGCUGAGCAGCGAGCUGCAGCCUCUUUAAAGUGGAGAACUCACGAGAAGCUGCUCCAGAAAUACGCCUGUCUGCCGCACGUCAUAUCAAGUGAUCAGAUUUAUUACCGUUUCUUGCAAAGAAUGUUCACAAUCGUGAUGACAAAUAAUGUCUUACCUGUCCAAAAGGCUGCUUCACGAACUCUAUGCAUUUUUCUACGUUAUAAUCGUAAACAAGAACAGAGACACGAGGUCAUUCAAAAAUUAAUUGAACAACUGGGCCAAGGAAAAAGUUAUUGGAAUAGACUCCGAUUUUUGGAUACCUGUGAAUUUAUUAUAGAGAUCUUUUCCAAAUCAUUUUUCUGUAAAUAUUUCUUUCUACCUGCUAUUGAACUGACACAUGAUCCAGUAGCAAAUGUGAGAAUGAAACUUUGCUACUUGUUGCCCAAAGUGAAAUCUACCCUGAAGAUCCCUGCAGAUAAACAUCUACUUCAACAGUUAGAAAUGUGUGUGAGAAAACUCCUCUGUCAAGAAAAAGAUAAAGAUGUUCUGGCCACUGUGAAAAGAACUGUGUUAGAGUUGGACAGAAUGGAAAUGUCCAUGGACGCUUUUCAGAAAAAAUUUUAUGAAAAAGAUUUGUUGGAUCAAGAGAAAGAAAGAGAAGAGCUACUUCUUUUGGAAAUGGAACAAUUAGAAAAAGAAAAGCAACAAAAUGAUGGAAGGCCCAUGAGUGAUAAAACCUUUGAAAAGAAACGUAGAGACACCAAGACACCAACAACUCUGCCCAAGAACAUCCCCAUUUCUGUCCCUGGACCCUCUUCUGGCACCCCAUCCACAAGCAAAGAAAUCAAGAAAUCCAAAUUGAUUCGAAGCCAGUCUUUUAAUAAUCAAGCUUUUCAUGCAAAAUAUGGCAACUUAGACAAGUGUGCUGGUAAAAGUUCUACAGCAGCAUAUACACCUUCUGUCUCAGGGUUAACAAAGACUUCUGUGAUUUCACUAACUGAUGAUUCAUUCCGGACUCGUAAUGCCGGCAGUGCUCCCAGUUCCUUUUCCUCUAAUACUCCCCUGCCCAGCACCUCCCGAGGGACAGGUAACUCAGGUGAUCCCAAGAGCAGUGGAAGUAAAGAUACACAACCACGGAAGGCUACCUUAAAAUCCAGAAAAUCCAAUCCUUAAAUCAUCUGCUUGAAGGAGGCAGAACAAAGACAACUGGAGAUAACGUGAUCGAUGGACAAAAGCUAAAGCAAUGGCUCGGGCUUUUUUUUUUUUUUUUUAAUGAAUGGGAAAGAGAGACAUACAUAAUGGCAGCUGGUGUUGUUAAACGUUCCAUGUUUGAAAUUAUAUUCCCUAGGAGGUAUAAUAUAUAUUUCUUGAAUAAUAAUGUGGUUACAGAAUUCCAAUGUUAUAGUGAAGUGUAAUGAAACACAACUUUAGGUAUGUGCUUUAACUACUGCUACAAAAGAGAUAAGUCUGCAUUUAUUUGUGCAGGAAACCAUCUAUUUAAUUGUUCUAGAGUUUAGCAUUUACAAAUUGAAAGGUCCAAAUCAACUGAAAUUGCCCCGCCUAGGUAAUCACUUGGAGGGGGACUUGGGAGUAAGAAUGACACUGCAUUUUCUCACAAAUCUCCAAGCCCAGUUGAAAAGUCACACUGUAACAGGGUACAAACAGCUGUCCGAAAUUAUAUCAGUCCUAUGAUUGUGAUGACAAGAUGUUGUACCUCGACAUUCCGAAAUUAAAAUUUGGCAAUGAAAAUUCUACAAAGAUUUCUGAUAACUUUUAGCUACAACUACCUUAAAAAUAACA